AGCUAAAGUGUUUUUGUGUUGCUUUGCUGUGUUUUUUUUCCCCUGUAUGUCUCCCUGGGUCCCCCCAUGAAACAGACUGUCACUUUGAAACCCAGAGGUGGGUGGGACGGAGGGACACCUGUGAAGGGAUAAGUGAGUGCUGGAGGACUGCUCACGGGGAGCAGGCAGCCGUGGAGGGCCGAAGAGCAGCACAAAGAGGGCUGAAGCAGUGGGCAGUAGCAACCAACACAGUGGAGGAACCACUUUUAGCAUGACGACCUUAGCCUUGGCUCAUCCCGAGGGGACCUGCAACGUGGACGAGUGACGAUCCCUGGCCAAGACACUACUGCUGUGACCAGGAAGGGGGAAGGCAACAGCGAAUGGCAGAGGGGUGUGGUUGCGAUCACCCCCUCUCUGUGAUAAGUACUGCUCCCCCACUGGCCCUCCUGUGUUUACCUGCGAGCACACAAUAGUCCUUUCUGCUGCCAUUUUUACUGACUAUAGUCUCUAGUAUUUUAUUGAACUGUUGUCUUAGUCCAUAGCAACAUUUUGAUAUUCAUUAGCUGCCAUAUAUAUAUGAUUGGGCUAGUUUUCAAAGUCCAGUUAUAGCUGGGGUGAAUAAUCCACAGGCCACCUAUGACUCCCCUUUUUUAGUGUCAAUUGCAGUGCAAACUCUUUUAGAGUACGCUUCCGACCCUUGCCCCCUCUGCUGUAUAAAGACAUGCGAGCCCUUCUAGCAGGUAUGUUGCAAAACGACAUUAUCACUGAAAGUUCCAGCCCCUGGGCAGCCCCCAUUGUUAUGGUGAGGAAAAAAGAUGGCAGCUGGAGAUUUUGUGUUGACUAUAGGAAGUUGAAUUCUGUCACGCAUAAGGAUGCUUUUCCACUUCCUAGGAUUGAAGAGACCCUGACCUUGAUGACCCAGGCUGAGUGGUUCUCUAUCUUGGACCUUGCCAGCGGCCACUGUCAAGUAGAGGUGGACCCACAGGACCGUGAAAAAACAGCCUAUUGGCUCAAGUCCAGGAAGUCUGCGAGAUUGGGGGCAGUGGAACAGCGCUGGGUGGCCCAGCUGGCAUCCUUUAACUUUAAGGUGAAGUAUCGUGCUGGAAGGGAGAACACCAAUGCAGAUGCCCUCUGCCGGUUUCCUGCAGCUUGUCCCACACCAGAGCAGUCAUCAACCAGCACUGCAGGCGUGAUUACAGCAGCAGUGGAACCAGAAGAGGACUCCCUGGUGCAGGAUAAUGGCUGGGUGGUAGAGCAACAGGCCGACCCGGACAUUCAGGCCACAAAGAAGUAUAUGGAGCGAGGCUCCUGUCCCUAUGGAGCUGAAUGGAGUACACUCACUGCUGGCGCCAUUAAACUGCUAAAACAAUACAAGAGGCUCUGCAUCCAUGAAGGAAUUCUGUGUCACAGAUUUGUUGACCCUGACACCCAUGAGCAAAUGUUACAGAUUAUCUGCCCAGGUACCAAGCGUCAAGAGGUCUGGAGACAACACCACGAGGCAGCAGCACAUGCCGGGGCAGGGAGGACGUUGACUACCCUGAGACGCCGCUUCUUCUGGGUUGACAUGGAGAAAGAGGUAUGGGGCUUCCAGUCUGAGUGUGUUGUUUGCAGCUUGCAGAAGGAUAGAAUAGAACCAAGAGCUCCCUCUAGAGGUAAUAGCCUUUGACCUCCUCUCCCUCAGUAGGCCCAAAUGACUCGUACCAAAAUAUUCUGGUCAUGACAGAUAUGUUCAUUCGCUAUGCCUGGGUUAUGCCCACUCGCGAUCAGACAGCCAAGACCACAGUAUGUGCCAUCUGGUCUCAGAUAAUUCAGACUUUUGGCUGCCCUACUCGAUUUCAU